AUGGAUGCUGCACAGGAUAUGUCCUGGUACAAACCUGUGAACAUUCAAGAAGUCACCGAGGAGAAAAUAACGAAGAGUAACCUGUCUCCCGCUGGAAAACAACGCUUAAGGGAGAUACUAUCAAAAGCAGACAUAGCCCGGUUCAAAAACGACUGUGGUGACCUGGGGGAUAAAUAUGUGUACACCAUUGAAGGAGGGGUGCACCCCCCCGUGCGCCAGUACCCGCUGAACCCAGCCGCAAUAGAAGAAAUGAGCACGAUAGUAAAAGAGUUGGUGGCAUUGAAAGUGAUCAGGGAAGAAGCAAACCCUAUCACAAAUAGCCCGAUACAGGCUGUGAAGAAACCUGAAGCAGCAGGGGGAGGGUGGAGGCCCGUGGUGAACUUUAAAGCAUUGAAUCGGAGAACGAUAGCAGAUAGAGCCAGUCUGAUUAAUCCUCAGGCAACGUUGAAGACUUUGAAACUGAGGAAGUAUAAGUCUUGUAUUGAUCUGGCGAAUGGUUAUUUCUCUGUGAGAUUGGCAAAAGCAUCACAGGCAAAGACGGCCUUCACUCACAAAGGAAAAAGUUAUGUAUGGCUGAAAAUGGCACAGGGUCUGAAGACAGCCCCGGCCUUCUUCAGCAGAACAAUCAUGGAGAUUCUAUCGGGCAUGGACGCGGCUGUCUACAUUGACGACGUUAUGAUCUGUGAUGACACAGAGGAACAGCAUCUACAACAUCUGGAAGCUGUGAUUGACAAAUUGACGGCAGCAGGGUUAAAACUGAAUCUGAAGAAAUGUCAACUCGGGCAAUUCAAUGUGAAUUAUCUUGGAUUUGAGGUGGCUUCAGAUUUGGGCCUAUCAGACUGUUUUCGUGAGAAAGUGGACAAUAUAAGGCCUCCCAGAACAAUGAAUCAACUGCAGAAAAUACUGGGAUUGCUGAAUUAUGUGAGAGAUCAUGUGCCUGGUUAUCAGAAGCACGCUAAACCACUUUAUGACAAACUGAAGAAACAGCAGAAGCCAGCAGCGUGGCAGUGGACCGAAAUAGAUCAGAGGAAGUUGACCCUGCUACAGGAUGCGGUGAGAAAUGCUGUGAGACUGGAGCCACGCAGCACCACAGAGAAACUCUUGGUGCAGGUUUUCUGUGAAGAAGAUGAUGCAAUGGUGAAAGUCUGGAAUGAUAAUGGAGGGCUGGUGUCCCUCUGGAGCUACACAUUGUCACCAGUAGAGCACAAAUACCCACCAGAAGAGAGAGAACUCGCGGUGCUUGCUCGUUACUGGGCAGGACUGAAGGAUCUUGCACAGGGACAGGUGAUAAAAGUGAUAACACAAAGUCAAGUGCAUAGAUUCUUAAGAAAAGCCACAGUGGAGAGCACACGCGCGACCAACGCAAGAUGGGGCCGAUGGGAAGACAUGCUGUUAGAUCCCGACCUGGAGAUUGGGCCAGAGGAGCCGCUAAAAAAGCCCAGGCAAGAGAAGGAGGCCCCACAGCUAGUAUAUGAAUGGAUAUUAUACACCGAUGGGUCCAAAAAAGGACCAGACCAGACGGCGGUUUGGGGGUACAUCCUGAAAAAUAAAGGAGAAGAAAAAUUUCGACAGCGUGGGCGCGUUCCAGGAAGCGCACAGGCUGGAGAAGUGACAGCAGUCUUGGAAGGACUGCUGGAGUGUGAACGGAGAAAAAUUAAACAGGUAUUGAUAGUAACAGACAGUUACUAUUGUGCCCAAGCAUUAAGAGAUGAUUUAGCAAUAUGGUGUGAAAAUGGCUACGAAACCGCAAAAGGAAAAGAGAUUGUCCACAUGGAGAUGUGGAAGAAGAUUGCGGAGCUCUUGAUGUUUAUACAAGUGAAUGUGUAUCAUCAGAAAGCUCACGCAAAAGAAGGAGAGCACUGGGCAGAGAAUAAAGAGGUGGAUAACUUUGUCCAGUUGCGGAAAAUUGUAUUAGUUGGUGCUGAGAAGUGGGAACGAACAGAGAAAGGAAGAAUCGUUCCCAGUGAGUGCAUAAUGGAGACCGUGAUGGCUGUCCAUGAAGAAAUUGGCCAUGCGGGGAUUAAACCCACUCGCAGGGAAUUGGCGAAGCUGGAUCUUUGGAUCAGAGAGAAGGAAAUAAGGAAAGUGCUGAGAGAGUGCACUGUUUGUGGUCAGUUCAACGCUGGAAGAAGAGUAAAGAGGUCAGAUGACCUCACAAUUAAAAGCACCGUGCCAUGGGGCUCAAUCUGCAUGGACGUGGCAGGGCCAAUGGGAAUCUCAGGGAAACAGGGAGAACGCUAUCUGAUUGUGCUGGUGGACUCUAUGUCUGGAUACAUGGUAGCAAAAGCAGUGAGAAAUGCAACAGGAAGUGCUGUAGUAACCAUGCUGGAGCAGACAUGCUGUGCUCUGGGAAAACCGAGAGAGCUUCGGACGGACAACGGAACACACUUCAAAAAUAAGAAGAUGGAUGCAUGGUGCCAGCAGAACGGAGUUUUUCACGUUUAUGCUCCUGUGUACACACCACAGGCAAACGGAAUAGCAGAGAGAACUAUUGGCUUGGUGAAAACAUGGAUAGCAAAGAAUGCAAAUAGCAAAGAGUGGAGCACGAAGAUGUUGGAGCUGUCCAGGGUCCUGAAUGACAGAUUCAGGGCAACGAGGAAGUCACCAGCUGAAGAACUGAAUAAACGCCCCUUCACGUCAUUGGAGAUAGGGCGGGGACCUGAACAAAAGCAUGAUACUCAGGGAGAACACCGACCACUGACAGUCGGUCAGCAGGUGUGGAUCAAAGCACAAAAUCCUUCAACUGGAUUGGCGGUUAAGCCAAAAUACGACCGCAAGGACACGGUUGUGGAGAUUUUGGAUCACAAUACAACGUACAAGGAUAGGGCUUCUGUCAGGAAGAGCCCUGGGGAGUUUGAGGAGAGCAAAGGAGGGGGUCGUUUCCGAAGAGAAGGAGAAAUUACAGUGGGGGAGUGUGAACAACUCCUGCGCCAUAUGCUGGACACAGAGUGGAUUGGAAAUUCUGUGGGAAGGGCUCGUGGAGCCCUCGUGGAAAUCAUAGUAGUGGAGGGAUGGCAAGUGCGCAGAUUUCUGGACGCCAUCCAUUAUCGGACCCCGAGGCUGGAAGAGGCCUGGAGAGGAGGCGAGGGGAUCGGCAGACGAAGAAGAGGAUGGGAUUACGACAGCACAGUACCACCGGAGCCCCAUGUUUCACAGUGGGAGGAAAUUCUGAGGAGCUGCUGGCCUGACACGGCAUGUGGAAUAAACUACAUGAAGGAGUUUGACCACGUGAAUUUGUCAGAGGGGAGAAUAUGUACAUGGAGAGAGAUUUUGGAUGAAGUCUUCACAUGUGGAGAUGGAGUACAGGAGCUGGGCCCGGUGCCAAUUGGACGACACAAGGAUUACCUGGUCUCCACUGUGGAGGGUCAGGUAAGCGAUGCCAGAGCAAUACGGGUGAUGGUGAAGUCUGUGAUUCACCCACAGGGAGGAGACGAGCGGGAGGGGGCGGUGGUUCCCCCCGUGAAUCCAGGUGAACUGACUCGAAUGGAGGGACACGCCUGGAGAAGAAGCUUGUGUGAAGGACAGGAAGAUCAAGAUGAUUUCGACUGGCACUUCAAGCUGCGGAAACUGCCUGUGAGGCGUUGCUGUGGGGGGUCGAGCAAGCAGCACGCAGACCACAGACAUCGAAAGAAACAGAACCCAUGGCCACCAGCGAGCGGUCGUCCGCUGGUGAGACGAGAGCCACGCAAGGAAACAGAGGAAAUACGGAAGAGGUCAGCUGAAGGCCAGAGGAAGGAGCAGCCUCUCGAGGGUCCCAGGGUUGAAGCCAGCAACUUCAGGAGAUACAUUUACGGCCGGAGGGCUGUGGAAAAAUCUCCCUGCUUCAGCAGACAGAGGCGACGAGCGCUGGGUUGGAGAAACCCAGUACACCAGGCCCCAUUUCUCGGGCCUUGGGCGGCGGAGGCUCGGUCUGCUGAGCAGAUUGACAAAGUGAUUGGAAUGACAACGACCGGUGCAGCCAAGUUCCGGCACACCCUGCAGCAGGUGCGUCCCUCACUGGUCAUAGUGGAGGAAGCAGCAGAGGUUCUGGAGGCUCACACCAUCACCACUUUGAGCAGCGCCUGUCAACACCUCAUCCUGAUAGGAGACCAUCAGCAGCUUCGUCCAAGUGCCUCUGUAUUUGAACUUGCAAAGAACUUCAACAUGGAGAUAUCAAUGUUUGAGAGACUUGUGAACAUGCAACUCCCCUUUGUCCGACUAAAUUAUCAGCACCGCAUGAGGCCGGAUAUCGCUCGCUUACUGACCCCCCACGUCUACUCAGAGCUGGAGAACCAUCCCUCCGUCUUAGACUAUGACAACAUCAAGGGUCUAAAUGCCAACUUGUUUUUUGUGGAACACACAUACCCUGAGGAGGAGCUCCAAGAUGGAAAAAGUCACCAGAACGAGCAUGAAGCACAGUUUGUUGUUAAUUUGUGUCGGUACCUCAUUCUUCAGGAGUACAAACCAGAGCAGAUCACCAUCCUGACCACGUACACAGGCCAACUGUUCUGUCUGCGCAAACUCAUGCCUGCUAGUCUGUUCUCAGGAGUCAAAGUCCAUGUGGUAGACAAAUAUCAAGGAGAAGAAAACGACAUUGUGUUAUUGUCUUUGGUCCGAAGCAACAAGCAGGGCAGGGUGGGCUUUUUGAAUAUCCCGAAUCGAGUGUGUGUUGCUCUGUCCCGUGCAAAGAAAGGCCUCUACUGCAUAGGGAACAGUGAGAUGUUAGGCCAGGUCAAACUGUGGAGCAAAAUCUUCCACACGUUGAGGGAGAAGGAUCAGUUGGGCACAGCGCUGACCCUCUGCUGUCAAAACCACCCUGAUCGAAAGGUGUCAGCUUCUUGUGCUGAUGACUUUCAACAGGCUCCUGAAGGAGGUUGUACCCUGCCGUUCAGUGCCGCAGACUUUGUGGACAGCCCUGCUCUCCCUGUGUGGAGCCUUGUGCCUGGAGUUGUCCACACCAAAGCUGCACCAAACUUUGCCAAGAGCCAUGUGACCGUCCUCCAUGUGAUGAACCCUGUGUAG